AUGCAUGGGAAUCCGGAAGAAUCUUUAGGAUGUAAAUUGAAAGGGAAAUUGGUUCUCAAAAAUCAAAAAACUAUUUCUCCAAAACAACUAUUGUUUGUAUUUGUCGGAAAAUCAACGGUUUCUUGUGGACUUUUAGUGUCUUCUUCAAAUCCAGAAUGUAUUAUUAAAUUCAUUUAUUAUAAAAAAAUUCCUCCCGGAACUUAUGAAUAUGGUUUCGACUUUGAUAUUCCUGGGAAUUUACCUUCUUCAUUUAAAGGAGCUCGUGGAAAAAUCGAAUAUUCUUGUAAUGCGAUCCUUUCUCGUCCACUAUUCCAUAGCAAUAUUUUGGUAAAAAACCCAGUUAUUCUAAAAAGAUGUCUUAUAAAUGAUGCAAUACCAUUAUCUAAUCUAUCAAAUUUUGCCGAAGGAGUUUUGGAUAGUCGGAUUCAAUUUCAGAUUAGUACUCCGAUCAUGGCUUUUCGUGAAGGUGGUUUAGUCUCGGCAAAAUUAAAUUUAAAACCUUUGGAUUCGGAUUCUUUUAUUGAAUCUAUUGAAUAUGGUUUAAAAGAACAAAUUCAUUAUCAUACAACUGAAAGUUACACAAGGACAUUUGUUGCUAGUGUUAAGGAAGAUAAAUUCCCACUUGGAAAGAAAACAAUAAGUUUAGAUCAAUUAUUUCAUGAUUCUUCCGAUCCUAUAUCUAUUGAUUUUCGACUUUGCCCUUGGGUUAAUUGUGAUUUAGAUUCUCAAUUAAUCAAUGUUAAACAUAAACUUGUUGUAACGAUUAAAGUUGUUGGGAAUAUUUCUUCUGAUAAUUCUACUGAUAAUGAUGACUUGGAAUCUCAAGACAAUGAUUCUUCUUCUCAUAUUGGCCGUAGAUUUUCUUCUCCUGUUGGCUCUCCUUCAACCGAUCUUAAUUUACGACGUAGAUCUUUUCGUACUCUCUCUUUAUUAUCUUCAAAGUCCAGAAAAUUCUCUAUUUCUAGUUACUUACAGUCACAUAAAAAAUCCGUACGAAAUUCUAGAAAUGAACAAUUACCUGAUAAUAUUAAAUUCUUGAAUUUUGAAAUCCCUUUAAUUAUUACUACAAAAUCUGAUAUACCAAGGCAACAAGCUCCUUCUUAUAGUUCGGUUGAUGAACCACCUGCAUAUAUUUAUGCUUCGAUGAUACCCCCUCCACCCGAAUAUUGUUAUUCGGAAUCUACUACUGAUGAGAAAUUUUUAUCGCGUUUUCUGAAUCCUGAAAUGGCCGUUAAAACAUCUACUUUGUUUAAAUAUGAAAAACCAUUAAGUCCACAUCUUGCCGUAAAUAAAAGUUUGGUACCUAAAGAUGAUGAUGUAUUACUGGCUACAAAAAAUUAUAUAAUUGAAUGCGCGAUCGAUUCUAGUCUCGAUGGAGGAACUUUAUUUUUAGAAACAGCAGGGGAUGAUGAUAUUCAUCAAUUGAAGAAAUAUUUUGGUGAUCUUGAUGAAGAGUUUAGUAAUGUCUUGAAAUUUUUGGAAAAUUGGCAUUAUGAAAGAUUUAAUAGAUUGGAUGAGAUGGCGGAUCGUAGUAAAGAAGUUGUUUGGUGGCCUUUUACACAACAUAAUAAGGUUGAUAAAGUUAACGUCAUUGAUUCUGCUUACAAUGAUUUUAUGGUUGUUUAUGAUCAGAAUCAAUGUGAUCAAAAUUAUCAUGCGAAAAAAAAUAAUGGUGUUUUGAAAGAAACGUUUGAUGGCUCAUCGAGCUGGUGGACACAAGGGCAUGGUUCAUCGAAAUUAUCAUUAUCAGCUUCAUAUGCAGCUGGAAGAUACGGUCAUGUUCUUUUUCCUGAAUGCAUUCAUGAACCAUCUCUCUCACUUUCUCAAACUUUAUUGAAAACAGUAGGAAAUAAUUGGGCCAGUCGUGUUUUUUUUUCAGAUAAUGGUAGUACAGCUGUGGAAGUUGCAUUAAAAAUGGCUUUACAAUCUACUUGUAAAAGAUAUUUUAAUGAACAAGAUGAUGAGUUACAAAAAAUAAAAAUUUUGGGUUUAUACGGUUCUUAUCAUGGUGAUACCAUUGGUGCUAUGGAUGCUUGUUAUCCAAAUCCUUUUAAUAAAUUAGUUACUUGGUAUGAACCAAAAGGAAAAUGGUUUCAUCCACCACGAAUUUUGCUAAAAAAUAAUGUUUACAAUUUACAAAUACCUUUUUCAAACCAAACGAUACAUUACCCUUCAUUAUCAUCAAUAUUUUCUCCAGAACGUUCCUUUUCGGAUCCAGUUUCUCUAAUUUAUAAAAAACAUAUCAAAGAAACCAUUACUCGUUUUAUUAAUGAAGGAGAUAAAUUUGGUGCUUUAGUACUUGAACCAAUUGUAAUGGGCGCAGGUGGUAUGAUAUUUGUUGAUCCAUUAUUUCAAAAGUUACUGGUAGAAUUUGUUAGAGAAUGGGAUGGUUGGAUUGAACAUUGGGGUGAUAAUAAAAAAAAUGAUAAUGAUUGGAAAGGAUUACCUGUUAUCUUUGAUGAAGUUUUUACGGGAUUUUGGAGAUUAGGUCAAUUAAGUGGGGCUAAUAUAUUGGGUGUGACCCCAGAUAUAGCAACUUAUGCUAAAUUAUUAACAGGUGGUUUAAUACCAAUGGCUGCAACUUUAACAACUUCUUCAAUAUUUUCAACCUUUCUUGGUAAGAGUAAACUCAAUUCAUUACUUCAUGGUCACUCUUAUACUGCACAUCCAAUUGGAUGUAUGGUGGCUUGCACUUCCAUUGAAGAAUAUGAAAAUUUGAGUAAAACUAGUAUUGAUUGGAAAAUUGGAAGAGAAAAUUGGAACGUUAAUGAGGAAAAUCAAAUUUGGAGUUUGUGGAGUAAAGAGGUUUGUAAAUUUAUUCAUAUUGGCAA